GGAAUUUUGACACAGAAGCUCAUGUACCACAUCAUGCAUGACCUUCAUAAGUUUUCUGACAGUGAUGUUCGCAUACUAUGCCUUCUAUUCCAAGCACUAGGAUUUAUCUGUAAGCAAAUCUCUUUAUCUCCUGAUACAAAGCAGCUAACAGAACAAAUGAAACAAGUGACACUGGAAGCCAGUCGUGAUGAAUCUGAACAGAAGCAAACUGACCAACGUAUAACAGACACGCAUGCAGAGAUAUAUCUUGUACCUUGUCGACUUCCAGAAGACCAUCCUGAUCUUGAUGCGUUGUUGCACAAUUGGGGAAAGGAAUUCUACUUUGACUUUGCUGAUUUUCUACCUCCUUGGCUAUAUUUGCAUCUCAUUGUGCGACUUCUUACUCACAUGCAGCAACAGACAGAGUUGCAACAGAGUCUCAAGCGUGACCGGCUUCCUAUUCUAUCAAAGAGGGCUUGUCUAAUGGCCCAAAACUUGCGCGUUCGCUUUAUUAUCAAACCAUUGGCAAAUCGGAUUAUUGUGCAGCACCAACUGAGUGAUUGUAAAGAUGAAAAGAAAUUGAUGUCGUGGCUGUUUAAUGUUGUUGUUGAAAUUUCAAAACAAAAAUUUGAAAAUCUCACAUUCAGUUGUGGUCAUCUGUGUCCACAUGCUAGGUGCCUAGAAAGGCACAUUGUCACCGAAGUUGAGGACCAUGAUAUGCGCGUUUUUCAUUAUGAUGACUUCAAUCAACUAAGGCGACAAGGUCUAGCUGCUGCAAAGUGUUUAUAUCAAGUUCGGCUCUCUGCAGCUGAGCGGAACAGGGAUGACUGCAUGAACCCACGGAUUACAUCCAUCAAUUCAGUUCUAUCAGCAGCACAGACUGAAGCCCAUGUAGAGGAAAUGUUUAAGUACACAAAUGGACGUGUUUGCCGUUAUGUAGAUGACGUAGUUCUAUGCGACUUUGCUGAUCCUGGUGUGAGUGCAUCUCAACAUUUAGGACAGGAGCCAGAAGCUGGCAGUUUGAAACCUAUCCGUCUGUCUCUGGAAGCUGAUGAGAAUGUGACAAGGAAGGAGUUACGUGAUCUUGCCAUCCUCAUACAAAGCUGCUGGAAAGAGUUUGCUUUAUAUUUAGAUCCAGACCACUUCACACUAUUAGGUGAGAUUGCCACCAUAGAAUGUCAACACGCUACUCGCUUUCUUCAAGCUCAAGCUAUGUUGGAGAAGUGGCAUAGUGACCUUGGUAAUAAUGUGCCUCGUCGAUUGCUGAUUGAAGCAUUGAUUAAACAAGAACAGAGAAGAUGGGCAAAUGAGGUAUUUGGAGAAGAAGUUGUGAAGCAGGUGAUGCCACAAUACUAAAUGUUAGAAUAACAAGUGACAGGAAGGAGUAUGAAUGUAGAAUUUACUUGCUGAUUUAGUAAUAAUGCAUGUACGUAUUAGAAUGUAAAUUUGUUCAUUUUUAGGUGUAGCAAGAACACAUGCAUAUACUGUACAUGAAGGAUCGUUUGUGGAGUACACGAUGUACUUGUUAAGGGUUAUGGACAAAACAUUUAAGAUUUUUUUAUUUUAUUUUUUAUUUGCUAUAAAUACAUUGUCAA